GCAGCCGGGGAGGCGCGGCGGGCGGUGGAGGCUCCGGAGCGGGCGGUGACGGCGGCCGCGGCGGCGGCGGCGGCGGAGGAGGCAGCGGCUGGGCCCGGGCCCCGUGCGUCUCUCCGCGUCCCGUGGAUGCGAAUCGGCCGCGGCAGAGGCGGCGGCGGAGGAGGAGGAGUCGGUGGGCCGGCGCCGGGCCGGUGGGAGCGCGGAGGAUGAGGCCGCUGCCGGGCGCUCCCGGCGUGGCGGCGGCCGUUGUGCUGUUACUGCUGCUGCUGCCCAGGGCCCGGGCGGACGAGCACGAACACACGUAUCAAGAUAAAGAAGAAGUGGUUUUAUGGAUGAAUACUGUUGGUCCUUACCAUAACCGCCAAGAAACAUACAAGUACUUUUCACUUCCAUUUUGUGUGGGGUCAAAGAAAAGUAUUAGUCAUUACCAUGAAACUUUGGGAGAAGCCCUUCAAGGGGUUGAGUUGGAAUUUAGUGGUCUGGACAUUAAAUUCAAAGAUGAUGUGAUGCCAGCCACUUACUGUGAAAUUGACUUAGAUAAAGAAAAGAGAGAUGCAUUUGUGUAUGCCAUCAAAAAUCACUACUGGUACCAGAUGUACAUAGAUGACUUACCGAUAUGGGGUAUUGUUGGUGAAGCAGAUGAAAAUGGAGAAGAUUACUAUCUUUGGACCUACAAAAAACUUGAAAUAGGUUUUAAUGGAAAUCGAAUUGUUGAUGUUAAUCUAACCAGUGAAGGAAAAGUAAAACUGGUUCCAAAUACUAAAAUCCAGAUGUCUUAUUCAGUAAAAUGGAAAAAAUCUGAUGUAAAAUUUGAAGAUCGAUUUGACAAAUAUCUUGAUCCAUCCUUUUUUCAACACAGGAUUCAUUGGUUUUCCAUUUUCAAUUCCUUCAUGAUGGUGAUCUUCUUGGUAGGCCUAGUUUCCAUGAUUUUAAUGAGAACUUUGAGAAAAGAUUAUGCCCGAUACAGUAAAGAAGAAGAAAUGGAUGACAUGGAUAGAGACUUAGGAGAUGAAUAUGGAUGGAAACAGGUGCAUGGAGAUGUUUUUAGACCCUCAAGUCACCCACUGAUAUUUUCCUCUCUCAUUGGUUCUGGAUGUCAAAUAUUUGCUGUAUCUCUCAUUGUUAUUAUUGUUGCAAUGAUAGAAGAUUUAUACACAGAGAGGGGAUCAAUGCUCAGUACAGCCAUAUUUGUCUAUGCUGCUACAUCUCCAGUGAAUGGUUAUUUUGGUGGAAGUCUGUAUGCUAGACAAGGAGGAAGGAGGUGGAUUAAGCAGAUGUUUAUUGGCGCGUUCCUUAUUCCAGCAAUGGUGUGUGGCACUGCCUUCUUCAUCAACUUUAUAGCCAUUUAUUACCACGCUUCCAGAGCCAUUCCAUUUGGAACAAUGGUGGCCGUUUGUUGCAUCUGUUUUUUUGUUAUUCUUCCUCUAAAUCUUGUUGGUACAAUACUUGGCCGAAAUCUGUCAGGUCAGCCCAACUUUCCUUGUCGUGUCAAUGCUGUGCCUCGUCCUAUACCGGAGAAAAAAUGGUUCAUGGAGCCUGCAGUUAUUGUUUGCCUGGGAGGAAUUUUGCCUUUUGGCUCAAUCUUUAUUGAAAUGUAUUUCAUCUUCACAUCUUUCUGGGCGUAUAAGAUCUAUUAUGUCUAUGGCUUCAUGAUGCUGGUGCUGGUCAUCCUGUGCAUUGUGACUGUCUGUGUGACCAUUGUGUGCACAUACUUCCUACUCAAUGCAGAGGAUUAUCGGUGGCAAUGGACAAGCUUUCUCUCUGCUGCGUCAACUGCCAUCUAUGUUUACAUGUAUUCCUUUUACUACUAUUUUUUCAAAACAAAGAUGUAUGGCUUAUUUCAAACAUCAUUUUACUUUGGCUAUAUGGCAGUAUUUAGCACAGCAUUGGGGAUAAUGUGUGGAGCAAUUGGUUACAUGGGAACAAGUGCCUUUGUCCGAAAAAUCUAUACAAAUGUGAAAAUUGACUAGAGACCUAAGGAAGUCUGGAACUUCGGAUCAGUUUCUGUUUCAUAGGGGUGGAACUUGCACAGCAAAAAAAGCAAAGGAAGAGAUUUGGGCUUAGCACUGGGUACAUUGUGGGUUUCUCUGUCAUGGAUGGCGUAACAUCUAUUUCCAUUGAUCCUAGGUUCUUACUGACUGCUUUCUCCAACUGUUCACAGCAAAUGCUUGAAUUUUAUGCAGUAGGCGUUACUACAGUACAUGGCUAAUCUUCCCAAAAACUAGCUCAUUAAAGAUGAAAUAGACCAGCUCUCUUCAGUGAAGAGGACAAAUAGUUUGUUUAAAGCAUUUGUUCCAAUAAAAUAAAUAGAGGGAAACAUGGAUGUUAAAAUUACAUGGGUAGAAAUCUUCCUGGCACUUAGUAUUUCUAUGUUAUUGAGAAAUGAUGUUCCAGAAAGAUUACUUUCUUUUCUCUUAUUUUUACUGCCAUCGUCGACCUAUUGUGGGACAUUUUUAUAUAUUGAAUCCAGGUUUUUUUUUACCUUCUCCCCAAAUUCAGUUGCAUCCUUUUUUUUUUUUAAGAGAAAAUUUUUAAAAAUAUUAAAUCCUGCAUGUAAUAUAUCUGCUGUCAUCUUAGUUGAACUACCUUCCGAUUUAUUUAUCUUAAAACUAUCCAGUUACAUCCUAAUUCCAUCCAAAGAAAAUGCAGCCUGAAGAUAGAGAUGUACUCUCUACAAUGCAAUUUACUAUACAGUUAGAAAGCAAGCAAAAUGUUAAAUGGAGAAGAUAAUUUGUUUUUAUUAAACAUUUUGAGAUCUAGAUAAAUACAUUUUAACUGAAUGUCUAAAGUGAUUAUCUUUUUUUCCUCCCCGUGUUAGUCAUACAUCUUUUUUGGAUUUGAAUGAAGGCUUUACAUAAGAAAUUAUUACAAAGGGGGGUGGGUUAUAAAUGUAUAUAACAUUAAAUAAUGUAACGUAGGUGUAGAUUCCCAAAUGCAUUUGGAUGUACAGAGUGACUACGGAGUCCUUUUUUCUGAUGAUGAUUGGUGUAGAAAUGUGUGGAUUUGGGUGGCUUUUUACAUCUUGCCUACCACUGCAUGAGAACAUCGGGGUUUCUUCAAAAGUGUGUGUCAGUUCUUUUUUGGGGUGGGGGGUUGUUUUUCUGUUUUCUUUCCAAGACUACAAGAGCUAAAUUUGUGAUUUAGAAACAUUUAAUUUUGUUAAUCCUGCCUGGGACAAUUAAGUAACAUCUAAAGCAUCAUUGCUUUAGGAUGUUCAAAUAAAAUUUCCUGACCAAAUUGUUUUGUGGAAAUAGAUGUGUCUACAGCUUGAAGGCAGUAUUACUGAAUGCUGGGAUUUUUUUGUUGGUUUGUUUUCUCUUUUCUUUGUUUUUAAAUUAUGCUAUAAACUAUGCUUCUUCUGAUAGAGGGGACUCAUACUUUAAAAUCUCUAGAUUCUCCAGUCUAGUCAAAAAGCCCUUGAAUGAAAUUGUGGCAGAAAAUCUGUCGAGGUUGGUGUGAAGGGUUGGGGGUACAAGUGGUGAGCUCACUAUUGUAUGAACAAUAAAGGUUACUGUUUUCUAAGAGAAGUGAUUUUAAUUUUGAAUAUAUUUUUCUGGAAUGGUCCAUAAUGUGAAGUUUUCCCAGAGUUUCAGGUUUAAUGAUUUGCUAUGUUAUGCAUUAGUUUGCUAUUGAUUACCUAAGACAGUGCUGUAUACUGGUAUUUUGGAAAGACUCCGAACAGCAGUAUUUAAACUUUAACAUGAAACUCAUGGCGUUAAUAGUUAGAAGAUGUUUUCAUUGUAAAAUAUGUUUCUAUAAAUUGAUGGAUUCUACAUCCUAUUGUGGCAUAUAAGGUUUAUCAAGGAUAAGAAAUUUGACUUCUAAACCACUUCCUUUUUCACAUGAACAAACA